AUGUUGUAUUGUGGAUCCACAGGGGGGCAUUAUAUGAUCAUGACAACGAACAACAAUAGUAAUAAUAAUAAUAACAAUAAUAACAAUAAUAAUAACAAUAAUAACAACAAUAAUAAUAAUAAUAUUAACCAAAAUCAUCAACAUCAACAUCAACAUCACCAUCAUCAACAACAGCAACAACAACAACAACAACAACAACAACAACAACAACAACAACAACAACAACAACAGCAGCAGCAACAACAACAACAACAACAAAAUUACGGAGAGAGUACGACAUCUACUUCUAUGAUUCCACCCUCCAUUACAACUUCAUUAACACCAUUAACACCAACAUUAUCAUCUCAACCACAAAAUAUACAACAACAACAACAACAGCAACAUCAUCACCAACAACAACAUCAUCAUCAUCACCAACAAACUCAACAACAACAACAGCAAAUAUUAUCACCAAUGAUGGGAAGUAAAAGAAAACUAGAGGAGGAUAUGGGUGUUGGACAACCAACAUCCAAUUUAACCAAUGAAUAUUUAAUGAGUAACAAUAAUAGUUUGAAACCAAUAUUGGUGUCAUCACCACUUUUAACACCAUUAUCAGCAUCACCUGGUUUAACUUCGAUGCAAAUGGCAUUUGCAAAUGCAUCGUUAUCAGCACCAUCAACUCCAUUGAGUAUGUCACCUUCAUUGGGGCCGUGCUCAGCACCAAUGUCACCAUCUAAAAAGAGUAAAAACAGCAGAAGUAGCAGUAAGAGUAAAUAUCAAAAUUCAGAGGAGAGAUGGCAAUCUACAACCAGUAAAGACAAUGGUAAACCUUCUAGUCCUGGUAUAGUUAAGGGACCUUGGAAGGAUGAAGAGGAUGCAAAAUUGGUAGAGUUGGUUAAUAAAUGUGGACCAAAGGAAUGGUCUUCAAUAGCAGCUAAAAUACCCGGUAGAAUCGGUAAACAAUGCAGAGAGAGAUGGUUCAAUCAUCUCUCACCAGAGGUUAGAAAAACAAAUUGGACCCCUGAAGAGGAUAAAAUUAUCAUUGAUGCUCACGCUUCGUUGGGUAAUAAAUGGACUGCAAUCUCUAAAAUGUUGGAUGGUAGACCUGCAAAUGCAAUUAAAAAUCAUUGGAAUUCUACCCUACUCAAAAAAAUUGGUGGUGAUUCAAAAUCUUUAAACAAAGAGAAAGAUGAUGACGACGAUGACGAUGAAGAUGCAGAGGAUGGUAGUUCUCCAGUUUUAUCUCCAAUAUCUUUAUAUCAAUCUUCCUCUUCAACAACAACAACUACUACAACUACUACAACAAAUUCUUCUGAAAAAUCAAAUAUUCCACCUUUUGCACUCUCUGGUAGUACAACAACCUCUACAAAUAAUUUAAAUAAUAGUACAAAUAGUACCAAUAGUAUUAAUAAUAAUAAUAACAAUAAUAACAAUAAUAACAAUAGUAGUAAUACCAAUACAGCAAUAACAACCAAUGAACCUUUGGUUGCACCAAAAAUAAUUAGGGCUCAAACAACCCCAAAUUCUUCACCAUCUCUUUCUUCCAAAAAGACACAUGACAAACAAAAAGUGCCACAAUCUCCAAAAAAUUCAAAACAACAACAAACUCAACAACAAACUCAACAACAAACUCAACAACAAUUACAACAACAACAACAACAACAGCAACAACAACAACAACAACAACAACAACAACAACAACAACAACAUAUUCAACAACAACAAAUGCCUGUUAUUUCUCAACAACCUCAUAUUCAACAAUUACCAAUUGAUCAACAAAUUCAAAAUGCACAAUUUCAACAAUUCCAUCUUCAACAACCUUCAAUGCCUUCUUCAACAUCUGUAAAUAUCAUACCAAAUCAAUCUUCAAUGGAACAACAUCAUUAUCAACAACAACAACAAGCCCAACAACAACAACAUCAACAACAACAACAUCAACAACAACAACAACAUCAACAACAACAACAACAACAACAAUAUUUAAUGCAACAACAUCAACAAUAUCAACAACAAUAUCAAUUAAUGCAACAACAUUACCAACAACAACUAUCACAACAACACCACCAACAACAACAUCAUCCACAACAAGCUCAACAACAUCAUCCACAACAAGUUCAACACCAUCAACAACAUAUAAAUACUACACAUAACCAACAUCAACAACAACAACAACAACAACAACAACAACAACAACAACAAACUAAUAAUUCACAAGUCAAUAGUAAUAAUACGGAUACAACAUUCUCAAAUAGUCACCCAAUUGAACCACACGAGGUACCAUACUAUUAUGACUAUUGGGGGUCAUCCACAUCUGGUUCCCAAACAUUGAUUCCUUCUGAUAAUACAACCAAUACUUAUACAAUUGAAAACAAUAACGAUUUUUUACUCUUUGAUGAUAAUCAACAUAGGAUACAACCAUUACAACAACAUCAACAUAUUAAACAAGAACAUGCUCAAAUGAGUCAUUUACCUUAUCAUCCAACUCAACCUAAUAAUUUAAAUACUACAACCACCACAACCAAUAACAAUAACAAUAACAAUAAUAAUAACAAUAACAACAACAACAACAACAAUAUCCCAACUCCAAAUAUGUCAGCUUCUACCACUGGCACUAUAAAUCAUCAUAUUCAUCAAACUCAUCACCAUUUAACUACACCUUUAUCACAAUCAACACCUUCAGUUUCAACAGAUCAAAAUAACUAUAUCAAUUACGAUAUUUCUUCGUUGUUUUCGCUUCCUAAUGAAAUUUAA